GUUGUCGCUGACGGAAGCGAAGAUGGCGGCGCCUACCUCAGAGCUGCUGACGGGAUGGUGCCUCUUCGGUCUGGCGCUGCUGGCUAUUCUAGUUUUCUGCUGGGUUUAUGUACGCAAGUAUCAGAGUCGUCGGGAAAGUGAAGUGAUUUCUACCAUAACAGCUAUAUUUGCAUUGGCAGUUGCUCUUAUCUCAUCAGCACUACUACCAGUGGACAUCUUUUUGGUUUCAUAUAUGAAAAAUCCAAAUGGUACAUUUAAGGACUGGGCUGAUGCUAAUGUUUCAAGACAAAUUGAAGACACUGUACUUUAUGGAUACUACACUUUGUACUCCAUCAUACUGUUCUGCGUCUUUCUGUGGAUUCCCUUUGUCUAUUUUUAUUAUGAGGAGAAGGAAGAAGAUGAUGGCAACACAUGCUCACAGGUUAAAACUGCACUCAAAUAUACAACGGGAUUCAUCACAAUUUGUGCAGUUCUUCUCAUAAUUGGAGCUUUUGUUCCUUUGGAUAUUCCCAACAAGAAGAAUUCCACAGAAUGGGAGAAAGUGAAGCUCCUGUUUGAAGAAUUUGGAAGCAGUCAUGGCUUGACUGCUCUUUCAUUUUCCAUCAGUUCCUUGACUGUGAUUGGAAUGUUGGCAGCUAUCACUUACACAGCUUAUGGUAUGUCAGCUUUGCCUCUAAACUUGAUUAAAGGAACUACCAGUGCAGCUUAUGAACGUUUAGAAAACACUGAAGAUAUUGAAGAAGUGGAGCAACAUUUAUUAAGGAUUAAAUCAAAGUGCAGAGAUGGUCGGCCUCUCUCAUCAAGGGAUAGACGUUCUGUACAACAACUAGAGGAGAGACUAAGAACACUUCGAAGAAGAGAGAGACAUUUGGAAUCUAUUGAGAAAAGCUGGUGGACUAAAUUCUGUGAAGCUAUCCGACCUCUAAAGAUUGUAUGGGGAGUGUUCUUCAUCAUUGUGGCACUGCUCUUCACUGUCUCUUUGUUCUUGUCAAAUCUGGACAAAGCUCUGCAUUCGGCUGGCUUCAAUUCGGGAUUUAUAAUUUUAGGAACUAAUCUCACCAAUCCAUUGAAUAUGUUGUUACCUGUUCUUCAAACGGUUUUUCCACUCGAUUACAUUCUUAUUACAACUAUUGUGAUGUACUUUAUCUUCACUUCAAUGGCAGGGAUUCGAAAUAUGGGCAUAUGGUUCUUCUGGAUAAGGCUUUACAAAAUCCGACGAGGAAAAACUCGACCUCAAGCACUCUUGUUUCUCUGUAUGAUACUUCUGUUGAUAGUUCUUCAUACAAGUUACAUGAUCUACAGUCUUGCCCCUCAGUAUGUAAUGUAUGGAAGCCAAAAAUACCUGGUACAGAGUAAUAAAACAAUUGAUGGCCAGCCAAGGAAUGUGACAUUUGUAUCUAAAGACUGUGAUGCAGAUGCACCUGAAGAUCAAUGUAUUGUUACUCGGACAUACCUCUUUCUUCAUAAAUUUUGGUUCUUCAGUGCUGCCUAUUACUUUGGGAACUGGGCAUUCAUUGCAGUGUUCUUAAUUGGACUAAUUGUUUCAUGCUGCAAAGGCAAGAAAUCAGUCAUUGAAGGUGAAGUGGAUGAAGAUGAUUCAGACAUGAGUGAUGAUGAACUAUCUGUUUAUUACCAUUAAUAGCCUUUUGCCUUCAAGAUGGAGAAAUGAAAUGUGGAGUUGCUGAAAUUCAAACCUGUAUGGAAUUGAUUUCCAAAUAAGCAUCCUUGCACCUGUAAAAAUAGAGGAAAUAAGUGUACUCACUUAAAGGGGUAAAAAACUGAGUAUCACUUCUUGAGUGUCUCUUAUAUCUGAAUAAAUAUUGAAGCUGGGCUUGAAUAAUAUAUAUAAAAUACUGGUUUAUGAUUAAAUGUCUGUGUAACUUUCUGAUGUAUAAUUUGAUGAACUGUUGUAACUAUUUCAUAAUUCAUGAUGCUUUUCUGUUAAGUGAAGUUUCCUUAAAUACUUUCAUGCUUAACUUGUAGGACUUUUCUUAUUCAAGCUCUUUGUUAAACUAGCUAAAAUCCUGCAAAACAACUGGUACAAACUUGGCUAGAGAGAUUUGAGUGGAGUUUAAGCUUCCAGAAGAAUGUGACUUAACUUUAGCAGUAGUGCUGGAAUUUUUGGAAUUACCAUAUAAAACUAUGCCUUCAAGUAUGCCAAAACCAUCCACUUAAGUGGUGAAUUCCCAGAAGGUGAAGAGUAAGUAAUUUUUAUUCUGAUACCCUCACUGAGUUACUGUGGGAGUUCUCAGAUAACAAUGAGGUGGCAUUUGCUCUAUCAGAAGAACUCAUUAGUGUAAAUGACAAUAUUCAGCAUUGUUGCAGUGUUAGUUCAGUUCUGAAACUUACAGGUGCCUGACUUAAUAAUUAAUGGAAUAAUAAUUAAGAUGUGAUCAAUUUUUACUUUAAUGCAAAUUGUCUAGUUUUCUUUCAAUAUUUAAUGUAAAUGUUGUUAACUUGUUUACAAGCCAAUAUGUUUAUAUAAACACAGUUCAUAAAUA